UGAGGUAUUCUGGGUACCUGGAAGGCAGUGACGAGCCCUUCUGCACAAGCUGCAACAGGAAAUAUCCUAGGCUGAUGAAACUUGGAAGAGACAUUACGCUUUGGGGCCUGGAGAUUGGCCUGCUGACGAUGAAGGUGGGAGAGGCGGCGAGAUUCUUCUUCCUGCCAGGUUAUGCCUAUGGGAAGAUGGGCUGUCCUCCUCUCAUUCCUCCGAAUGCCAUGGCCACGUUCGAAGUGGAGGUGGUGGACUUCCUAGACUCGGCUGAAUGUGAUGCGUUCUUUGAGUUGUCUGCUGAGCAGCAGGAUAGUGUUCCGCUACAAAAGGUGCUGAAAGUGGCAGACACAGAGAGACAGUUUGGCAACCACCUGUACCAUGUGCACAACUUCAAGGAUGCCAAACGCAGAUACAAAAAGGCAUUCUCCAUCCUUGAUCGCAGCCCCUCCGAUGAGAAUGAGCAGCGCCAGAUCAAUGCUUCCAAGUUGCCGCUGCUCCUGAAUCUCUCAGCCACUUACCUGAAACUGGAGCGUCCUGACCGAGCUUUGGUAUAUGGGAAGAAGGCCUUGGAGAUUGACCAAAGAAAUGCCAAAGCGCUGUUCAGGUGUGGCCAGGCUCGUCUCUGCAUGGCAGAAUACCAAGAAGCCCGGGAUUUCCUGGUCAGAGCUCAGCGCGUACAGCCGUUUAACCACAAUAUUAACAAUGAGAUCAAAAAGUUGGCAAGAUGCUACAGGAAAUACAUGGAAAAGGAGGAAGAAAUGUGCCGCCGAAUGUUUGGCCGUCUCAAC